CCGAGGUACCAUCAGGUUGCGGAACAGUUUAUGUGAGGGCGUCCGUCCGCGUGGGUGCCGUGUCACUGCUCCGUCCUCGUGCAGUGCCAGUGUGUCAGUGUCAUACUUGUUCCUGCCGCUGCUGCUGCUGCUGUUGCUUGCUGCUGCUUUUGCUUCUGCUGUCGCUGUUCCUUCCUGCAGGAGUAGUAGAGACCUUGCCAUGCUGGGGCGCCGCCAGUGAGUGUAACGACAAAGGAGUGUGGAGCAUAAUUUCUUGAUCAGUGUUGGUGUGGUGAGUGUGGCCAUGGGUGGCACUAGUGUUUGGUUUGGUUGGUUGGCCCUGGCACUCGCCAUGACCUGCCGUUCCAUCAGUGGAUUCCUGUUGGAAGGGUCGCCCUCUUCCUUCGCCCAGUUUCCCCGCUGGGUUCCGGGUGCCAACGGUUCCCUCGAGUUCGAGUUCUUGACUCAGGAGCCCAGUGGGCUGUUCCUCUAUACCGACGACGGGGGCUCGUACGAGUUCUUUGAGGUCAAGCUGAUCGAAGGCUCCGUGCGACUGCACUACAAUUUGGGAGGAGGCGCCCGCCUCCUGACGGUGGGGCGUGGCCUGAACGACGGCCGUUGGCACAGGGUGAAGGUGUCCCGCCGUCACGACAAGACCCAGCUGACGGUGGACGGAGUGUCCGAGUUCCGUUCGGCAAAGGCUCUCGACCAUGAGUUCGGUUCGCCAGCCUCCAAUUCCUUUGUGUACGUCGGCGGUCUGCCGGAACUCGUCAGCAGGCAGGUCGGGGCCAGGCUGACGCUGCCCGUCGUCACCCUCGAGCCCCGAUUCGCUGGGCAGAUCCGUCAGCUCGUCUACACUGGCGUUGAUGGCAUUCCGCGGACUCAGGAUAUGGUCGCUAGUCAGGGCGUGUGGAUGGAAGGAAGGCAUGGCGACUGUGAUCAGCACGACCCUUGUAUGAACGGCGGACGAUGUUACUCCUCCGGGCAUGGGCCCCUCUGCGACUGCUCCUUAGUGAACUACGAGGGUCCGAACUGCGAGAAAGAACGUCCAUCGGAGGAGGCCACCUUCCGAGGACGCGAGUACCUUUGGUGGGACCUUCGCAGGAUAGGAGGACAGCCCUUAGCAUCUCAGCAUGAUCAGCUUUCACUGUCCUUCAAAACGCGUCAUCCAGCCGGCGUUCUCUUCUUCACUGGGCACGGAAAGGACUACGUCAACGUGGCACUGCGGGAGGGUGGAGUACUCGUGACCCUGGACAUGGGUGGUGACCCUCUCAAGGUCACCGUAAGGCCAGAUAAGGUCCGCUUCGACGAUAAUCAGUGGCACACUGUCACUGUCCAUAGGACUGUCAAGGAGAUCAAUGGCCACACCAGUUUUUGCACCCUGUCAGUGUCGGUGGACGGACUGUAUACAGAGAAGGGCACCACAGCCGGGCCUUUUUCCCAGCUGUCUUCAUCUCGCAUCCAUCUGGCUGGGGCAGACGUGCCAGCUCUGCUCCCGGGCGCCGAGACCAGAUCAAACUUCGUAGGAUGUUUGAGGAAGGUGGAGUACCGCGCAGACUCGGUGCGACUGGAUCUGAUCCGGAUGGCGAGGGAAGGGAAUCCGCUGCUCCACGUCUCCGGGAAGCUCGACUUCAUGUGCCUGGAGGUGGAAGCAGGAGACCCCGUGUCCUUCACUACACAGGAGUCCUAUCUGGAUGGUCCCGAGAAUGGUGUUGUCAAGUUUACCCGCCCAGACGCCGUAUUGGUACUGCCUUCGUGGGAGGCGCCUCGCCAGGGCUCCAUCAGCUUCAAGAUGCGGACGACGGAAGCCAACGGACUCCUCAUGUUUAAUUCAGGAUCCGUGUCCUCUCAGGGCGAUUUCUUUGCCCUUGAGCUCCUGGAAGGGCACAUCUACCUCCACCUGAACCUUGGGUCGGGGUCAAGGAAGGUCAAAGCAACCAACAGACGCGUCGAUGACGGCUGGUGGCACGAGGUGACCUUGAACAGGGACUCUCAGGCAGGGAGGAUCACCGUGGACGAGGGAGCCAAUGAUUUUACUACACCUGGCGAUUCUCAUCAACUGGACCUUGAUGGAGCGUUAUACGUUGGCGGAGCUGGAAACGGAAUCAACGUCCCUCCUGAGCUGUGGUCAGGUCGUUUAGGUCUGGGGUACGUUGGGUGCAUGAGGGACCUGGUCAUCAACGGACAGGCAGCCGACUUAGCUUCCUACGCAAAGAAACAAGACUCCGGAUCCAUAGUUCGUUUCUGCCACAGCGACGGGGGAUCCUGUUCCUCGUCCCCCUGCUUGCACUCUGGGGAGUGCAAAGCCGGCUGGGGAAGAUUCAUAUGCGACUGCUCUCACACAUCUUACGUUGGACCCACCUGUGGGAAGAACGCAGCAACGCUUCAUUUCGACGGAUCCCAGUACGUUCGCGUCACCGCCGGAGAGGAGUCCAGCACCCAGGCCGAGGACAUCGCCUUCAGGUUCCGAACCAACCGACCAGUCGGUCUCCUGUUGACCACCACUUCCGGUGUUUCUUCGGACAAGCUGGAACUGGCCCUUCAAUCUGGGAGGCUGCGCCUCACCGUCAAGCUAGGAGACAGAGAUAAGGUAAUGUACGCUGGAAAUGGCCUCAACGAUCAGCAAUGGCAUUCAGUCAAACUGACACGCCGUGCCACGCAGAUAUCUCUGCAGACGGACAAGGACCCUCCUACUAUAGAACAUACGAUGGGCCGUCACAGCAUCUUGGAAUACCGUGACAUCCACAUCGGAAUGGUCAGCAGCAACACGUCGACCAGCUGGAGGCCGAGCUCGACAUUCCUGGCUCCCUCGUCGACUCUGUCUUCAACACCCCUGGCGUCAUCGGCUUCUUCCUCUUCUUCGCCAAGUCAAGUUCCAGUUCCCGCCUUCAUCGGCGAGAUGCAGAGUUUCUACAUGAACGGAAAUUACUUGUUUGAGAUGGCGCGUUCCGGACACGUGGAUAGACUGGAGGUCACAGCGACGUUCACCAAAGGACCUCAGGUCAUUCAUCACCCUGUGACCUUCAAGUCAAAAUCGGCUUUCGUGGCUCUUCCGCAAUUGAAGGCUUACGCGUCAACAAACAUCUACUUUCAGUUCAAGACCCUUGAGCCUACCGGGCUUAUCAUGUACAAUGGCGGGAAAGGACACGACUUCUUGGCUCUGGAACUCGUAAACGGCCACAUCCAUUUGGUGUUUAACCUGGGCAGUCAUCCCGUCAAGGUCCGCGACAACAACAAAGUUGCCCUGAACGACAACAAGUGGCACGUGGUCACUGUGAGCCGACCAUCUCCCAGACAGCACACCUUGAUGGUAGACGACAACAUUGCCACCGCCACAAACGGAGCCGGCGAUGAAAACUUGGAUCUCCAAGGAUUCCUUUACUUAGGUGGUGUGCCUCCUGAAAUGUACACCAGCCUUCCUCGGCAUGUGAUGUCAAAGACCGGAUUCGAAGGAUGCUUGGCUUCCCUCGACUUGAACGGAGAAGCUCCUGAUCCUGCAGGAAAGGAUGUACCUAUAAUAUCUAACAGAGUAUUCGCUGGAUGUGAUGGCCCAAGUACAAAAUGUCACAGGAACGCCUGUGCCAACGGAGGAACCUGCGUCCAGCAGUGGAAUUCCUACUCCUGCAACUGUGACAUGACAUCCUAUACUGGACCAACGUGCUCUGAUGAAUCAACGGCGUAUGAAUUUGGUCGUGGCACAGGCGUCAUGUCCUUCAAAUAUCCUCAAGGAAGAUGGCCAGAUUCCAGGCGAGACCUUUUGGCUGUGGGAUUCAUGACACAGCAGGAGGAUGCUGUUGUCCUCAGACUCGAUUCGGCCAAUUCAAAUGACUACAUGGAAUUGGAAAUUGUUGAUGGGAAUAUCUUCAUGGUUUACAACAUGGGGACAGAGGACCACCCCAUAGGUGACGUUACAACAAAAGUCAAUGACGGCCUGUAUCACGUAGUGCGGUUUAUUCGAACCGGACCAAAUGCCACCAUCCAAAUAGACGAUUACAAAGUCUUUUCAAAGAACCCGUCAGAGAAUGUACAGCUUUCUGACCUCAAAGUGUUGAAGAAACUCAGGUCUAGGAUCUGGCAUGGUCACCAGUUGUCUGUAUUUAAUGCACAGUCACAUUUGCAAAUUGGGGGUCGUCGGUCUAGAAGAUCAACUGACAUCGAGCGACCUUUUAUGGGAAUAAUGUCUGGAUUGGUUUUGAAUGGGGAACAUCCACUCGAUCUGGCAGCAGAAAGAGAUCCUCGAUUGGAGGUCGAGGGAGACGUUCAUCUGUUACUCAGGCUUCCAAGAGGGUUGCCAAGUGAAGGUCGUCAGACAGAAUUUAACCCAUGGCAGAGAACACCACCACUUCCUGGUCCCUCCCCUGGAGAAGGGGACGACUUGGUCUUCAGCGGUGCUGGAUCUGGGUGUGACAUGGAUGAUGAAGACGAAUGUAUCCCGGUCUUUGAUACUGGAUCAGGUGAUGAUCUCAUUACACCAGUGUAUAUUCCACCAACACUUCCUCCAAUCUCCAAACCACCUCCACAUGCUUUCAUUCCUGAUGUUGAUGUUGGAGGCAGCAGGCAACCAUGUGAUGACGAGGAGGACUGUUACAUCGGGUCAGGCUCUGGUGAAUUCAACACAGAUGGUGGCGUCAUGCCUGAUGGUGAUAGUGGAGGAGAUGACAUAGAAGUUGAGUUCCCAGUCACAAACCAUCCAAUGCUGGCUCCAGAUGUGAUUCAUUCUGAAGAGCAUGAACCCACACACUACAACAAGAACAAGGACCCUGGAUCAGGACCUACGACAACUGGUUCUACUUUAGCCUUCACCAGCAGUUCCACCACCAGCACGACAGCACCCCCAACAAGACCCCCAAUGAAAGGAUCUAAUACCAAACCAACCGCAACUUCCUAUCCUCCUUCACUUCCACAGCCUUCACCACCCACCUAUGACUAUUAUGAUGAGUACACAGAUUUUACUGAAGUAGAGUUCCCGAAGAAGCCCACUGUGAUCAAGGAGGACCCCCCGGAUCUUCACAGUGAAGCAGCUGGAGGUGUUGCCCUUAUCAUAAGCAUAAUCGCAGGCGCUCUUAUUAUCAUUAUCCUUAUAAUAUUGCUUGUACUCAAGUUCAAAGGUAGACAAGAUGGGAAUUACAAAGUAGACCAGACUAAAAAUUAUGAAGGGAUACCCACCAUGCCCACCCCAAUGAUAAAUGGGCAAGGCAAUGGAAACAUAAAACCAGGGGAUCGAAGGCCAGUCAAGAAACAGAGUAAGGAUGUUAAAGAAUGGUAUGUGUGAGAGUUAGAUAGAUAUAUCUAUGGAAUAAUAUUAUAUCAUGUAAAGUCACAAAAUUAUGACUGUGAUCUCUAUUCAUUUGCAAUACCUCUGCAUUGUUAGAAGUAGAUGUCCCUCUGUCAAUUUUUUCUUUUUAUUUUUUGUUAUAAUUCUACUUAUUGUUCAUUUUCCUCCUUUCAAAUGCAGUGAAAUUGUCCUAUUGUGAUUAUUCCUUGUAGAUAAAAUGAUUUUGUUGACAAGAGAGAAAAGAAUUUCUUGUAAAUCCUUUUCAAAAACAUAUGAAUAACAGUGCCCGUGUAUGUCACUGCUUUGAAAAGGUUCCAUUUUUUUGUAAAAAAAAAUAAAUAAAUAAAUAAAAUAAAAAAAUAAAAUACUGACUAGUAGCGUUGGAUAGAUUACUAGUGUGUGUGUGUGAGACUUAAUGACUGGAAAUUUUGUGCGAGUAUGAGUGGAGUAUUAUACAAUAUCAGCAUGCCUAAAGGCCUGAGGGUGAGCUUAGACCUUAAUUUUUUUUCUUCUUCUUCAUUUGUGAAGGCUGAUUUUCUGGGUAUCCAUUUUUUUUUUUAUUAGAAUAUAACACGUGCAGUCGUGGUUGCAGACGUCCAUUGUUAAUUGUGAAGCUUUACACCAAGUGUCAUGACUUCUGUGAAGUAGAGGUUAUGAGGAAAUAAUGAAAUGAAAUAAAUAUUAUUAAAAUACUCUUGGUCUUUGCUCCACUUUGUGGAGAGGAAUAUUAUCGAGAUGUACAAUGCUAUCCCUACAAACACUAAGAGAAAACAAUGCUUUGCUCUGCAUCCAGAAUGAAGGAACAUGAAAAACUCGCUUUAUGAUAUAAAUAUAUACAUAUAUUCAUCAUGACAUUGUAUAGCACAAAGUGCGACUAUCACAGUGAUAGGAGUGGUUUUUUUUAUACUUUGCAAAACCCUGGUGCAGUGGAUCUGAUGCAUCCACCUGCACUGAAAAUACCUUUCUUCUUUGCUCUAGUUAGUGAAAAAAGAAGUCUAUUUUAAUAUACUGUAUAACCAAGAUAAAGCAUCAAAAAUUGAAACCUUCUGGUGUACUGUGGCUGAUGUAAAAGUGUUUUAGUGUGGAAUUUGCAUCAUCUGUAAUAAAGCACAAAUGUAAGAGAUAGAUAUAUUGCUGUCAUAGAAUUAUGUUAUAAGUGAAGCUUCUGUAAGUUAAUGUGUAGUUUUGAACUAAGUCUACUACCAAUAGCAUGAAUAUGUAUAUGUAUACACACUAACACAUGCAGUUCAUAUAGGUCAAUAUAUUCCUCUGUUCAUUAAAUGAAUGCUUUUAUUCGUCAGAUUUAUGCAUACAUACAUAUACGUACACAAUUACAUGUAUUAUACAUACAAAUAUAGCAUUACACAUACUAUUCAUGUAUAAAUGUGUCUGCACGAUUAUAUAUAUAUAUAUAUAUAUAUAUAUAUA